GCCGAAGCAAGAUAUCAAACGGAAAAUAAAUCCCUCCUCCCCAUAUCAAAAUGGAAAUCUGUGAUGCGGGAUUUGUGUAGUACACAAAUCGGUUUUGUCUUGCAGUAGAGGACUGCAGGCAGAUACAAAGCGGGAGUGGGGGCGUUGUGGUGUAGGCGCCUAGCAAGGCAGGCAUAUCCUUCGUAGGCCAUGUACUUAGCAUCACAAACUUCCUGCGGAGCGCGGCCAGAUUUUUGGACUUGCCUUCUUGCAAGACAGAGACGACUUGUGGUCUCAAAUCAGCAUCGCAAAUCUUCCGGCGUGUCUCAUUUUGGUGUGGGGAGGGGGGCACUCUUCCUCACAAUACAAGAGCGGUCCACUUCGCCCGUGAAGGGGAAAAGAGGGAGCGACAGUAUGCUGGGUAAAAACACCACCACCCCAGAGUUGUUGUCAUGCUGCUUUGCAAUUAGAAGAAAGUUUUAAUUUGCAACGCGCAUCCCCAACAUGAGAGGCAUUUGCAUUUAAUAUUCCGCUCGUGUAUUUGUCAUUUGUAAUGUUGGAAACAGGAUGAGAAAAUAGCUUUUCUAAUGCGGAGAAUGCGCUUGAUCUUCACAAACUGCACUGCAAUGCAGAGAGGAACUUGUCAUGCGUGACUCCCAAAGCUUUCGGCUUUGUAUCGCCAAGUAGUUCCCCUCGUGGUUACGAAGAGGUGGGGGAGUUUUUACUCAGGACAACCAGCUUCGGGUUCGCGGGUUACGUCAUGAUUUAUCCUGUGCAAAAGUAUCGUACUCGUAGUAAUUGCAGCCAUGCAUUACAAAUCUUUUUAUCAAGGCAAAUCCGCAUUACAGAUUCAAUUUCUCAUGCUAAGGCAAUUUGUAUUGCAAUUGAUACUACUACGAUACUUUUGCAAUGCAUAUAAUUCCGGAGGACCUGAAAACCGAGCUGGACGUCGAACGCGGCGUCUCUCCGAAAAAGAAAUCUCCAAAUAAAUCUCCGAAAAAGAAUAAAUCUCCAAAAAAGACCCCAGCGGCGCAGGUGGUGCCACCAGAGCACCAAUCGUCCGGCCCGCCGGCGAAGAGACAGCAGCGGUUAGAAAAACAAUAGGUAGCAGCGGAUUCUAUUUUCCUCUUCAAAAUCUUCCUGUCCUCAGUGUCGUCACUUCAUCUCCUGCGAAUAAGUAGCAGACGUUCUGCCGCGGACAACUCCUGGCAUCUUCUUGUCUCCGGAGUCAGCGGAUCUCCGUACCUCGACUUGUUACCGCUUGUAGAAUAGAAAAGAUUGCGGGACCACCUCAGGAAAAAUUCUCCCUACCAUCAACUCCCCGCACUUCUCGGUUCCUGAUGAUUCGGAAUCUGUCCAGAAGGAGAGAACGAGCAGAAGCAGCUACUACUACACCCAACGGGCGAUCCUGGUGAUGCCGGAGGGGGAGAGGAAGAGAAGACCACUACAGUACAACCGCUAGCACAACUUGACGCUACGUAGGAGCAAACAAAAAACUACCACUGAGUACAUGGAUCUCUUUUGCUAUACCUAAAUCAAAACUUGAGUGGUUGCAUCUACUACAUUUUCUUUUUCUUGUUUCUCAUUACAUUGUUUCCAAAACAAAUUGUUCGGCUACUGAACGUGACCGACAUGUUCGGCUAUACGUCUCCUUUUUAUCAAACGGAAAAUUCUUCGUCAGGAUCACUCCUCGGGGAUCUUGCAAUACAGAAAUCAGCUGUCGCGAACCAAACUGUAUCACAGCCAAAUUUCGUACUUACUGGUUUUUUUCGGCAACACAAAAAAGGGUUUCGAUGCUAGAAAAACUUCUCAUGCAAAACCUACACUAUAUGAGUCGUGACAUCGACAAACUUUUUUCUCUCCGUAGUUACUUUGGUGACACGAACCUUCAAUUAUACCUAGUUUUUUAUUACUCUCGGCAAAUACAAUAGCUACCUAAGUCGAGCGACGAAGAAACCUUUUGCAGCAGAAGUGAAGCGUUAUACGCGUACAUCUUUACAAGAAUCUUACACUGGACGAAGUAGAGAGCAGAAACUACGUCAUCAAAGGGAAGCCCUCUCUCUUCAUCUCCUACUAGAAGUUUCCGAGCAUACAUUUAGCUACGAGGCUUUUUGCAUCGGUGAAACAACUAAAAGAUGCUGCACUACAUAGCAGCAAACCAACGCAACAAAACAAAAUUGUAAACGUACGGGCACUUACAACAAUGACCAGCUUUUUUCCAUCACAGGAGCUCUAAUCUAAUAACGAAGGGUAUGUAGAACAGAUAUUUUUUUGCACGACCGAGCAUCUCUUAUACUGCUCCAACACUUUGAUGCGAGUGACAGAGAAAAUUGUAAACAAGUUUCAAAUACGUCGUCUACUGAACCAAAGCAACAGUUUUUGGAAAAUAUGAGCUGACCAGCAGAUGAUUUUCGGCUUUACGUUUCACGCGAGCGUGGCAACAUUUCGUUUUUAUUACAGUUUUCGACUUUUUCAUGAAUAUUAUCUGAAAACACAAUGAGAAUGUGAAUUAUCUUCACUGGUCUUCUACAACAAUGUUUCUUUUUCUACCGCGGUAUUUCUAGUACACGAAGUGCUUCUGUCACUCCUGAUAGCAGCAAAAGACACUUUCCAAGACGCUUGUCUUGCGCGUCGCUUUCAUUCAAUCAAAGGCGUCUCUUAGUGCGUCGUAAAAAAAAGAUCAAAAAACAGAUGACUACAACCCAUUUUGCUGCUUGUCGAAUAAACUUCUACGUAACCAAAUUCUGCUAUAAUUUUUUUCAAAAACAAAAAAAGAUCAAAAA